GGAGGGGGCGAUGAGCUGAUUCCCGUCGCUGGAGCAGCCUGAGAAGAGCCGACCCCCGCGUAACGCGCAUCGCUGCCGCCGCCAUGGCUCACUCCCCGGUGCAGCCGGGCCUGCGGGAGAUGCCGAAUCUACAAGCAGAUCCAGAAGAACUGUUUACAAAACUCGAGAAAAUUGGCAAGGGCUCUUUUGGUGAGGUUUUUAAAGGAAUUGACAAUCAAACUCAGAAAGUGGUUGCUAUAAAAAUUAUUGAUCUAGAAGAAGCGGAAGAUGAAAUAGAGGACAUACAACAAGAAAUCACAGUGCUGAGUCAGUGUGACAGUCCUUAUGUAACCAAAUAUUAUGGAUCUUAUUUAAAGGAUACAAAAUUAUGGAUAAUAAUGGAAUACCUUGGUGGAGGCUCUGCUCUUGAUCUAUUAGAGCCUGGCUGUCUUGAUGAAAUCCAGAUUGCUACAAUAUUAAGAGAGAUACUUAAAGGACUCGAUUACUUGCAUUCAGAAAAGAAAAUCCACAGAGAUAUUAAGGCUGCCAAUGUUUUGCUAUCUGAACAAGGAGAGGUAAAAUUAGCAGACUUUGGAGUAGCAGGUCAACUAACAGAUACACAGAUAAAGAGAAAUACUUUUGUGGGAACUCCAUUCUGGAUGGCACCUGAAGUAAUAAAACAGUCAGCAUAUGACUCAAAGGCAGAUAUCUGGUCGUUAGGCAUAACAGCCAUAGAACUUGCAAACGGAAAGCCACCGCAUUCAGCGUUGCAUCCGAUGAAGGUUUUAUUCCUCAUCCCAAAGAACAAUCCACCGACACUGGAAGGAAACUACAGUAAACCCCUCAAAGAAUUUGUUGAGGCCUGCUUGAACAAGGAGCCAAGCUUUAGACCAACAGCAAAGGAGCUCUUGAAACACAAAUUCAUAAUACGAAAUGCAAAGAAAACAUCCUACCUGGCAGAACUCAUUGAUAGGCACAAGAGGUGGAAGUCUGAACAGAGCCAUGAUGACUCCAGCUCUGAAGAAUCGGAUGCUGAAACCGAUGGCCAGGCCACAGGUGGCCGUGAUUCAGGGGACUGGAUCUUUACAAUCAGAGAAAAAGACCCCAAGAAUGUAGAGAAUGGAGCAGCCAAGCCACAGGAACUAGAAAGUAAUAAGGAAAAAGAUACCCCCAGGCGUCCUUUGUCUCAGUGUUUAUCUGCAAUUAUAUCUCCUUUAUUUGUGGAGUUGAAAGAGAAAAGUCAGGCAUAUGGUGACAACAUGGGGUCCAUAGAAGAACUGAGAGAAGCUAUUUAUUUAGCUGAGGAGGCUUGUCCAGGCAUUUCAGAUACCAUGGUGUCGCAGCUUGUACAGAGGCUUCAGAGAUAUUCACUAACUGGAGGAAGUACUUCGUCUCACUGAAGUAUUGGUUUUGAAUUUUUCAAAGUCAACA